GUGGCAUCUGGUGCCAGCAUGGAGGCUCCGAUUUGUCUAGUGGAAAAUGAGAAUGAAGAGCUGAGGGUGAAUCCCAAAGCAGUAAACAUCCUUGAGAAGAUUACUCAGCCUGUGGUAGUGGUGGCCAUUGUAGGACUGUACCGUACAGGGAAGUCCUACCUGAUGAACAGGUUGGCAGGACAGAACCAAGGCUUCAAUCUGGGCACCACAGUGAGGUCUGAAACCAAGGGCAUCUGGAUGUGGUGUGUGCCUCACCCCACCAAGCCAAAAUUCACACUUGUUCUUCUGGACACGGAGGGACUAGGUGAUGUGGAAAAGGGUGACUCUAAGAAUGACUCUUGGAUCUUCGCCCUGGCUGUGCUUCUCAGCAGCACCUUUGUCUAUAACAGCAUGAGCACCAUCAACCACCAGGCCCUGGAGCAGCUGCACUAUGUUACUGAACUGACAGAGCUGAUCAGGGCAAAAUCCACUUCACGUUCUGAAGAAAUUGAUGACUCCGAUGAGUUUGUGAGUUUCUUUCCAGACUUUGUCUGGGCUGUUCGGGAUUUCGUUCUGGAGCUGAAGUUAGAUGGACGCAUCAUCACAGCAGACGAGUAUCUGGAGAAUGCCCUGAAGCUGACCCCAGGCAGGAGUCUCAAAGCCCAAAAGUCUAACAUGCCUAGGGAAUGUAUCAGGCAUUUCUUUCCAAACCGGAAGUGUUUUGUCUUUGAUCGACCUACAAAAGAAAAAGAACUCUUAGUUCAUGUUGAAGAAAUGCCAGAAGACCAGCUGGAUCACAAUUUCCAAGUGCAAUCUAAAGUAUUCUGUUCUUACAUCUUCUCCAAUGCAAAGGCCAAGACCUUGAAAGAGGGAAUUGUUGUCAAUGGAAACAGACUGGCAACUCUGGUGACAACCUAUGUGGAUUCCAUCAAUAGUGGAGCAGUGCCUUGUCUGGAAAAUGCAGUGACAACUCUGGCCCAGCGUGAGAACUCUAUAGCUGUGCAGAAGGCAACUGACCACUACAGUGAGCAGAUGUCCCAACUAGUGAGGCUCCCCACAGACACACUCCAGGAACUGCUCAAUGUGCACACAGCCUGCGAGAAGAAAGCCAUUGCUAUCUUCAUGGAGCACUCUUUCAAGGAUGAAAACCAGCUAUUCCAGAAGAACUUGGUGGUUGCCAUAGAAGAAAAGAAGGAAGAUUUCUUUCGACAGAAUGAAACAGCAUCUCUCAGUUACUGCCAGACUGAGCUGGAGAAGCUUGCAGAGCCCCUGAGGGAGAGUAUCUCACGUGGAGCUUUCUCUGUUCCUGGUGGGCACAGCCUCUACUUAGAAGCCAGGAGGAAGGUUGAGCAGGGCUAUGAGCGAGUGCCCAGGAAGGGAGUGAAGGCAAAUCAUGUCCUUCAGAGCUUCCUAGAGUCGCAGGUUACCAUAGAGGACUUCAUCCUGCAGUCAGACAAAGCCCUCACUGAUGGGCAGAAGGCCAUGGAAGUUGAGCGGGCUCAGAAGGAGGUGGCAGAACAGGAACAGGAGUUACUAAGGCAGAAACAGAAGGAACUGCAGCAAGUGAUGGAAGCUCAAGAGAGAAGCUACAAGGAAAACAUGGCCCAGCUGCAUGAGAAGAUGGAGACUGAAAGGAAGACCCUUCUGAGAGAGCAAGAGGAAAUGCUAGCACACAAGUUGAAGGUGCAAGAAGACAUGCUUAACGAGGGAUUUAAAAUGAAAUAUGAAGCGAUGAAUUCAGAGAUAAGCCAGCUACAAAAAGAGAUUCAAAAAAAUAAGGAUCAGGACAGAUCAUUGGGUGCACAACUCAUUGAUGGGUUUGGAAAUGUGUUAGUUUCAGUAUUGCCUGGUUCUGGUAAGCUACUUGGUAUAGGGCUGAAAAUUCUAAGCUCUCAAAUGAAAGGGGAAAAGAGUUCUUCUUAGAAAAGUGUAGGUAUGCGUCUUUAUUCCUGAGAUUUACUUUGAAUUCUGUGUCAUGAUAACUUCAUUUGUUAAGUUUCAAAAACCAAGAACAUAGGCUACUUGCCACAAAUUGAUAUUAAGGCCCCGUUGCUGGAGACAACACCUACACAACUCACUGAAUAUGGAAAAGUCAAGCUGGUGCCCAUAGAGCCUUCACCCUAUAUGCUAACAUCUUUGGCACCAGAAGAUACUCUGCAGACUACCAAAGGAAAAACAAAAACUAGUCCAACCACAAACCCUUCGAGCUGCAAUAGUGUCCUGCUUGCAAAAUAUGCUAAUACAAUGGUGGCGCAAAGCUUGUGGGAGUAACCAACCAAUAUCUGAUUUGACCUAAGGUCCACUUCACAGAAUGAAACCCAUAACUGCUUGGCUGACCAAGAACCAGGGACUAGAUAGCCCAGAGAACCUAGAGCAAAACGAAAUACUACUGUUCUAUACCCUCCCCUCCCAAAAUAGCAAUAAAAAUGAUAUCUAAUUUUUAUGGAUACCUAUAUCUGCUAUACUCAUCGAGUGUCUUGCUCAGCCAUCAUCACAAAAGCUUCCUCCUGCAGCAAAUAGGAACAAAUA